AUGCUUCGCUUACUUGUUCAACAAAUAUUUGGGUGGCCCUGCUAUAUUCUAUUUUAUCUGACUUCGGGACCAGAGAGCAUGCACCCUCGAAAGCCUGGAAGAUGGUGGCAGAAUAAUCAUUUCAAUCCUACCAGCCCAUUAUUUGGCCCUGGUGAAUUUUCAUCUGUCGUGAUUUCGGAUAUUGGCAUAGGUUUAACAGUGAGAGGACUGUGGCUUAUAUACAAGACAUUUGGAUUCACAAAACUUAUCUUGAUCUACGUGUUGCCUUGGCUCUGGGUUAAUCAUUGGAUAGUCGCUGUCACAUAUCUACAGCACAAUCAUCCUGCGAUACCGAGAUAUGAGCAGAAGUCCUGGACCUUCAUAAAAGGAGCUUUGGCCACAGUUGACCGCGACUUUGGCUGGGUAGGGAGGUUCUUUUUCCACAACGUUGUUGAUUUUCACGUGGUCCACCAUCUCUUCUCACUCAUUACGACUUUUAGCCAAAUCCCUUUUUACCAUGCAGAGGAAGCCACGAAUGCUAUCAUUCCGAUCCUAAAAUCUCGGUACCAAGAAGACAAAAAUUCCUCAUUUUUCGGGAGUCUAUGGAAAACUUUCACUAAUUGUCAAUGGGUUAAGCCCGAGGACGGAAGCAAUGAGGGAGAGUUAUGGUUCCAAAAGGGACCGUCCCCGGCGCCAGAGCUUACGAUGCGCAAAUGGAAAUAUGUUGCAUCGAUGGGAUACAAGGUCUGGAUGUGA